UCCAAUGGAGAAGACAUGGAAUCUACAGGCCAGAAGCCUGAAAAUGAGCAUCGGCUAUCCCCUACGGCCUAUUCAGGUGCUACCGAUGGACACAGGACUUUAAAAUAUCACUUACUGGGACCAUCUUUGACGAAGGCCGGCCAAGAUGCAGUCAACCAGCAGAAGGUUUCUGAAAUAAUCUACAAUGCAUCCAAAGGGUCCAAAUAUUUUACCCACGAAGAGAGCCGUGAUCGUGUCCUCACUGCCAAGAUCGAGCGAAUCUUGAAGGAGAAGGCCCGUCUGGAGAAACUAGAUCUUUCCCACGAUCUACGUCGAGCGGACGAAUUAAUAUCCGAGUUAGAACUGACCAGAGACCUAUCGCAGCAUGUCGUUCAUGUCGAUUGUGAUGCAUUCUUUGCUGCUGUUGAAGAGCUGGACCGGCCCGAGCUGAAGACCGUGCCCAUGGCCGUGGGCAAGGGAGUUUUGACUACUUGUAACUACGAAGCUAGGAAAUACGGUUGUCGCAGCGGUAUGGCAACCUUUGUGGCUAAGAAGCUCUGUCCGCAAUUGAUAUGCCUGCCCCAGAAUUUGGACAAGUACAAUGCAAAAGCGAACGAGAUUCGCGCUAUCUUCGCGCAGUAUGAUCCGCUCUUCGAGAGCGCCAGUAUCGACGAGGCUUAUCUCAACAUGACGGCGUUUUGUGUAGAGAACAAUAUGAGCCCCGAGGAGGCGGUACAGCGGAUGCGAAUGGAGGUACUGCAAAAUACGAAGAUAUCAGUCUCUGCGGGAAUCGCAGCGAAUGCGAGACUAGCAAAGAUCGCUUCUAAUCGCAAUAAACCGAACGGCCAAUUCGUUGUUGCAAGUAACAGGGAAGCUAUUAUGGAAUUCAUGCGAAAUCUGCCGGUGCGCAAGGUGAACGGCAUUGGCCGUGUUUUUGAACGCGAACUUGAGGCGAUCGGCAUUGUGACAUGCGGAGACAUCUACCGCUACCGUGGGAUUCUAGCAAAAGUGUUCGGUCAAAAGGCAUUUCACUUCUUGAUGCGAUGCUACCUCGGCCUGGGAAGAACUAAGAUCCAGCCGGUGGAAACUCAUGAGCGCAAAAGUAUUGGUAAUGAAGCUACGUUCCAUGAGAUCGGAGACAAAGCACAAAUCAGGGAAAAGCUCUGGUGGGCCGCGCAGGAGCUGGAGAAUGAUUUGGCCGGUGCGCAGUUCAAGGGCCGGACCCUUGUCUUGAAGGUGAAACUGCACACAUUCGAAGUGCUAACCCGCCAGACGGCACCUCCGAGGGCAGUAUGUCUUGCCAAAGACCUCUAUAACUUUGCCCUUCCUAUGUUGUCGAAACUGGAGAGUGAUAUACCGGAUAUGAAACUUCGACUCCUGGGACUCCGUUGCACAAAUCUGGUGAGUACCAAAAAGGUCGGGAUCGAAUUCUUUGGUGUGACAUCUCAGACGAAACUCAUCGAUCAGAGAGCUCCGGGCGGGAAUCCAGAAUCUGGGAUUAGCGUGGAGGAGGCUUUCGAACAAGCCGCUCGCGAGGAACGGCAGGAAGAGAUGGAUGAUCUUGAAAGACUAAGCCAGGAGAUGUCUCUUUCAGCCCGGUUUAAUGAUGAUGAAAAUGUAAAUGCCGUUUCUGCUGCGUCCUCGUCUCCUUCCUCCACGAAGAAACCUGAAUCAAACCCCGUAUACUGGGAUUGUCCUAUUUGCUCCAGGCCACAACCAGCCGACGAUCGAACAUUUAACGGUCAUGUCGACUUCUGCUUAUCCCGGCAGACAAUCAAGGAGGCCGUACAAGGCGUUUCGCAUGAUGUACUAGAGACGCCGACGCAACCGCGCAAGCGGAAGCCUUUGUCGCGUACCUCGACGGCUUCUGAUCCCCGACAGAAGCGGCUCUUCUUCGGCUGACAUGGACUGGUUAUAACCCAGGAGGUUUUCCUGUCUCGGGAUUUUUCGGUAGAAUUGUCAUGAGUUGUAAGACAGUGGAUGGGCGUCUUAUACUC